UCCCUACCGAAAAUCAUACUAUGUGUUCAUAAUGGAGACAGUAAUUUACAAGGAUUUCAAAUCUUGAAGUUAACUGUAACUUAAAGAGUCAAACGAGGAUUGAUUUAAUGGAGUUGCUUGUUUGUGAUAUGGACAAUUUGCUUAACUGUUAAAAAUUGUAAUGCAUUUUUAGCUUUAAAUAAAUAUGGGCAAUUAGGCCCAAGAUAUGUCGUGCGAUACAUCAUUUAGCCUGAAAUACUUAACCAUGCAUAUGAUGCAACUGCAAUAUUUGGCCUAAAGAGCAGACAUCUCUACACAAGAAAAAAGACAGGAGAACGUUAGAAACAUGUGUCAAAAAGUUCCUCCUGCACGACAAAUGAUGUACAUUGCAAUAGUGAUGACUACAUUCAUUAUUUUCAUCUACACAAUGAUCCUGUCUACAUUUUCCAAACACUCCAUCAACCAUGCCAUUUUUAGUGCGGACCUGCCCGAACAACUGGCAUCUACAUUUAAAAGGUCAACCUUUCAUCUAAUGCAGCGCUCUAAUCAUGAAAAGACCGGCUGCGAAUCGGAUCUAACUGAAUCAUUGCCUUCAAGAGAUUCUAUAUCAAGUUCAGUCUCAUCAGAAAGAGCGAGCCAGUCCCCAGUGAGUACAACAAUCAGUUGGAGUCCUGAAACCUCACACGCUAGUUUCUUUACAGGAGAUUUCUUUAGAAACAUCAGCAGGAAGAAAGAGGGCAACAAAACGCUGUUGUACUAUACCAUUAAAGAUGAAAGCUACUUAAAAGAAAACGUAAGCUUUUUCACAAUUAGAAAUGAAACAAAUAACGAUUUAAAUUUUACUUUUCUUAUAAAGGGAGAUAAUGUAUGUGAAAAAGUACAACCGUUUUUGCUAAUCGUCAUUCCCUCAGUUGUUGCCCAUAAAGAUAGAAGAGACGCUAUACGUAGAACUUGGUUGAGGGCAUCUGAGAGCAAUUAUUGGCCUCGAGUCAACAUUCGCACAACUGUCAGGCAUGUGUUUGUCUUUGGCUACAGAAAUCACUCCCUGAAGGAAGACCUCCGUGAUCUCCAGCAGGAAUCAUAUGUCAAUAAUGACAUCGUCAUGGUCAAAUUCGUGGACACCUACAGAAACCUAACGCUCAAGAUGUUAUCUGCUUUCACCUGGAUGCAGCAGUACUGUGGUCAGACCCAGUUCCUACUAAAAGUGGACGAAGACACUUUCAUUAACGUCCCGCUUAUGAUCGAACUUUUGCGGAGGGUACACACCGCGGAAAAAGAUAUGGGAUUGGUCAUUGGUCAUCGUCACGAGAACAACAGACCCAAUGUCGUCCGAGAUACUGGAAAUCGUUGGGAAGUGGACACCAGUGAAUAUCCUCUUACACACUAUCCUAGAUAUUUGGUGGGACCCAGUUACGCUGUGAGUAGAUCUGCCGUCGGUAUGAUCUUGGCUGCGUCUCGAUCUCUCCGGCUUAUAGCCCCGGAAGACGCGUUUAUCACUGGCAUUGCCGCAAAAAGCUCAGGAGUUCUACGGUUGACGGCGCCUAGUUUUUCCACCUGCUGUUCUACUGCCGCAGAUUGUGACUUAGUUUGGAACAAAAAGGUUUCAAUGACGUCAAGUCCAAGUGUGAAAAAUAUUGAAGCUAUCUGGACUAAUAUUGCGAAACAAUUCUGUGAGGAUGACGAUUCAGAUUACUAAGACUAUGAC